AUGGUGUCCUGCGUUGGCGUUAGGAGCCUUCAGUCUGCAUCCUACCGAAAGCCGACCAAAGUGGUCGAGCUGUUAAUAGGUUAUGAAAAUGGUACUGUAGUAUUCUGGGACUUGAAAUCUAAACGAGCAGAACUGAGACUUUACUAUGAUGAGGCUAUUCAUUCAAUUGAUUGGCAUCAUGAGGGCAAACAGUUCAUGUGCAGCCAUUCAGAUGGUAGCUUGACUUUAUGGAAUCUGAAAAGCCCAAGUCGCCCUUUCCAGACCACUAUUCCACAUGGAAAAAGUCAAAGGGAAGGAAGAAAAUCUGAAUCUUGUAAACCAAUUCUUAAAGUAGAGUAUAAGACCUGCAGGAAUAGUGAACCAUUCAUAAUAUUCUCUGGUGGGCUGUCCUAUGACAAAGCAUGCAGAAGACCAAGUUUAACUAUCAUGCAUGGAAAAGCAAUUACAGUACUUGAAAUGGAUCAUCCUAUUGUUGAAUUUCUUACUUUAUGUGAAACACCAUAUCCAAAUGAAUUUCAAGAACCCUAUGCUGUUGCAGUACUUCUGGAGAAAGAUCUCAUUGUAGUUGAUCUGACACAAAGCAAUUUUCCAAUCUUUGAAAAUCCAUAUCCCAUGGACAUUCAUGAAUCACCAGUUACAUGCACAGCAUAUUUUGCUGAUUGCCCUCCAGAUUUGAUCCUAGUACUCUACUCUAUAGGAGCCAAGCAUAAAAAACAAGGAUACAGUAAUAAGGAAUGGCCUAUCAGUGGAGGAGCAUGGAAUCUUGGAACACAAACAUAUCCAGAAAUUAUUAUUACUGGUCAUGCAGAUGGAUCAAUAAAAUUUUGGGAUGCUUCUGCAAUAACUCUGCAGAUGCUGUACAAGCUAAAAACUUCAAAAGUGUUUGAAAAACAGAAGGUAGGAGAAGGCAAACAAACAUGUGAAAUUGUAGAGGAAGAUCCAUUUGCCAUUCACAUGAUUUACUGGUGUCCAGAGAGCAGAAUAUUUUGUGUAUCAGGAGUCUCUGCCUAUGUCAUAGUUUAUAAAUUCAGCAGACAUGAAAUUACAGCACAAAUAGUGUCAUUAGAGGUACGACUUCAAUACGAUGUUGAAGAUAUUAUUACCCCUGAACCAGAAACAAGUCCUCCGUUUCCAGAUCUCUCAUCCCAACUUCCUUCUUCAAGGAGUCUUUCCGGGAGUACCAACACUGUGGCUAGUGAAGGAGUAAUAAAGGACAGUAUCCCAUGUCUCAAUGUUAAGACACGACCAGUUCGAAUGCCUCCAGGAUAUCAAGCAGAUCUUGUUAUUCAGUUGGUGUGGGUAGAUGGUGAACCUCCUCAGCAGAUUACUAGUCUUGCUGUAAGCUCAGCAUAUGGAAUAGUUGCAUUUGGAAACUGUAAUGGGUUAGUCAUAGUAGAUUUUAUCCAGAAGACAGUACUGUUAAGCAUGGGGACCAUUGACCUAUAUAGAUCAACUGACCUAUACCAGCGGCAACCAAGGUCUCCUCGAAAGAACAAGCAAUUCAUUGCAGACAACUUUUGCAUGCGUGGCCUGUCUAACUUUUAUCCUGAUUUAACGAAACGGAUCCGUACUUCCUAUCAGA